GACGAGGAUAACAUUGAAUACCGAUUUCUCUCUAUACUCUCUAUCAGUGGAGAGGUUGCAUAUUCAGCAUACACUGCGUUUCUUGUUGUAUUGUUUGGGGAGACCAUGCUUUUGCCGCAAUGGUCGUUAACCUCUGAACGACCCCGUUCGGAGCCCACGCCUCAAACACUGUCGCAGGCAGUGCCAGACUGCGGCCAGAAGAUGGCGCGCGACGACAAUCCAAGAGACGCAACCCGCGCCCCGCGAGCGCCGUGCCUAGGCGCAUACCCAGGCGCGCCUCCCUAACAUCCCACCAAGAUUUCCUAUUUGUGCACGAGUUUACCUCUGGAGGUCAUCAAGCAGGAUUUACGACUGGUCAACAAAAGCACGUGAUUCUCAGCCGUACCCCAUAUUUGGGUGCCUACGUAAGAGAGAAUCAAGUACAUGUUCUACUCAUUUCCAUAAUUCAUCAUAAAUUGUGCAAGGGUGCUAUAGAACGCGCAAAACCAUCAAGAGCCACAAAUCAAGUACACACGUUAUUACUUUCAACACAAAAAAGCAACAAAUACCUGCUAAAUAACAAUAUUGGAAUUAUCAACAAAUGAGCUCCUAUUUUGUAAACUCAUUCUGCGGUCGCUAUCCCAAUGGCGCGGAUUUCCAGUUACAUAAUUAUGGAGACCACAGCUCUGCAAACGAGCAAUACAGGGACUCCACGACCAUGCAUUCCAGCAGGUACGGUUAUGGCUACAACGGGAUGGACCUCACUGUCAGUCGCGGUAACGGGCACUUUAUGGCCAGCGUGCGGGCACAGGGCUACUCCCCGAACCAGUCGGUGGCGACAACAACGUCCUCUGUCGAGACGCCCAGGUACACCCAGCCCGGGAGCGCCACCGAGACGACGUCCCUCUCGCCUCCACCUGACCCGCUCCCGUGCUCCUCCUCUGUCGCGAGCUGCUCGUCUCCGGUCAGCGAGUCUCAACCUCAACACCGAGACAUAAAGAACUCCAUAACGAGCCCCUGCACGACCCCGAGUUCGAAUGGAGGCACGCUGUUGAACCGGGUGUGUGUGUCCAAAGCGUCCCCCCUCCAGGAAGAGAAGCCCGCGGGAAGGGCGCAGACAACUUCCCAAAAUGUCACCGACGGUGCCCAGCCCCAUAUUUACCCGUGGAUGAGGAAACUGCACAUAAAUCAUGACAGUCUGACCGGACCAGAGGGGAAGAGGGCGAGGACAGCCUACACACGUUACCAGACACUGGAGCUCGAGAAAGAGUUCCACUUCAACCGUUAUCUGACCCGCAGACGGAGGAUCGAGAUAGCGCACGCGCUCUGCCUAUCAGAACGCCAGAUCAAAAUCUGGUUCCAGAACCGGAGGAUGAAGUGGAAAAAGGACAACAAACUAAAAAGCAUGAGCAUGGCAGCGGCAGGGGCUAUAGGUUACCACCAUCCCUGAUAUUUGGUUCCCCGGUG